AGUUCAGUUUAUAUCGUCAUUUCAAACCUAUUGUACAAAUUACCAGUCUUUUUAUUUUCCAACGGUUUUGAUUUUUAAAAAUUUGACAUUGUUUUAUAUAGGUAGCAUGCUGGCCAGUGUGAGUGUUAGAGACUUGGUAAAGCUCUACGAAAAUCUGAUUGCGAAUGCGAGCAAUGAUGCUCAAGGUAAGCCACUGAGGAUGCUGGAACAAAAAGCCGCGAAACUUCGCUCGCUUAGCGAUGUAUCAAUGCAUAACCUUGAUUUGGAUCAGUCUGCGUCAGGGGAACCUCAUCGCGUGGUCUUAAAGGUGAUCGACUUACCUAUUAUGGACUAUGAAGUCCCAGAUAUGUUGGAAGAAUCCGCUAAUAAGACGUUCCAGCCAGAACCGCAGUCAGUCGAAAAACCUCAGAGGCUCGACCAAAAAAGCUCCGGCUGCAUGAAGCUAGUGUUUCGGAGGAUAACCCAUCUCUUAAGGCUUCAAAACCAGCCACUGAAUUAUCCGGCUCCGAAAUCAAGCAAGAAGCAUUUUUGAGCUUCUCAAUUCAAUUUGAAUAUAGUUGGACACCGUCCCGAAUUCACUGUCUACUGGCUCAUCGAUGCACAUUCGGUUUAAAUCAGAAGAAAUCCAUCUUUAAGAAACAACAGAUAGUAGGAUAACUAGGAACAAUAAUGAAGUUCUUGAAAUAAUAAUGAAAUGGAAAACUUAAAAGUAACGUGUAAUAGCGAGUGGGAUUGCAUUUUAACAGAUCGAAUAAUUGCAGAAUAAAAUUGUAACUAUGUUUAUGCAUAUGUAUGCAUAA